AUCUUUCGGGACGGUUGUAGCAGGAGCGCGAGCAAUGUGCGGCGCGAGGCUCGACACACCGCCUGUCGUCACGUGAGUGUAGGAACGAUUCCGACGCGCGGUAGAAAUGCGGAAGGUUGAGCGGCAAUGAGCGCAGGACCUUGACCGUUUCCUCCGUCUCUCCCUCAGAGCUCCUUUCCAGAGACCUCAAACGAAGAAUGUGCUGAAAUUCUGGUCGGACAUGGCCAGUGCCAGCAAUUUCCUGGCACGGGAGUUCCUCACUGAUAUCCAUCAGCUAUGCAGUGAGGUGGCCCAGCUGGCCGAGGUGCGAGGUGCAGAGGCUGAGGAGGAGGAAGAUGAGGGUCAUAUGGCAGCUCUUGGUAGCUACCUGAUCCAGGGCAGGGGCCUCCGACUUCUGAGAACCCUGGACUGUGUCAUCAGCCAGGAGCUCACCUGCCGGGAGGAGCUGCUGACCCUUCUGCUGUCCUUGCUGCCAUUGGUGUGGAGGAUACCCAUGCCUGAGGGGAAGGCACCAGACUUCUCCUUACCUUCACUUGCCAAAGUCCUCGACCAAGGCAGAAAUGUAGCCCUUUUGGGAUCAGGCAGACGAAAAACGGAGUCAGAUAAGCAGAGAUUUGUGAAGCUUUCCUCAGGCCUACGAAAGUCCCGGCGCCAGUGCAAGGCUCGACGUCGGUGCCCUGCAGGGAAGGGGUCCAAGUCCUUGCUCUCUACCUCAGACUCCGGUACUAGCUCUGAUGACAAGUCCAUUGGCCAUGGAGGAAGACACUGGCGAUCACACAGACCCAACUUGCAGGUCGACCGCCUGUUGCGCAAGAGAGCAGUCGUGGCUCCCAUAAGCACCUCAGAUGUAGCCCAGCCCCUCCUUCCAGGGUCUGAGACGCAAACAUAUAUGUUUGGUACCCUUUCCAUUCUUGAAGGUAGACCGUGCUCAUCCCUGGACCUGUGCCAUGUACUGCUAUCACUUAUGGAAAAGGUGUGCAGAUUCGACACAGCCUUAAACCGCAGCAUCAACCUGGUUGAUAGAGUGGUGCCUGUCCUCACCGAGAUUCUCACAGAGUUUGCUGAGCGUCGGCAUGGUUUUGCUGGCGGUGAAGAUCUGACAGAGGGCUGGACUGAGGAGCCCAUUGCCCUGAUCCAAAGGAUGCUGCUGCGGGCUGUUCUGCGCCUCAUGUCUACGGACGCAGGGAAAAGGGAGGCUCUGCCGGAGCACCUGCGAAGGAGCCUGCUGGGCCUGAUGGAAGCCAUUCUAAAGCAGGCUCGACACUCUCCAGUCCAGCCCAGGAAAGGUUUGCAGGAGGCUCAGGAUAUUGUUUCCUCCUCAGCCUGUUGGCAUUGCUUGUUGGUGCUACCAGAGCUACUGGAAGGUAUGCUGCGUGUCCUGCUAGAUUGCUUGCAGGCCUCAGUUGCAGACCUCUCCUCCUUCCAGCAGGUUGUCAAGCUCAUCCAUGAGUUUGUGCAGCGUGGAGGCCUGGAGCUCAGUGGGACAUCCAUACUAGUCAUGGAAAGUCUGUGUACUGAGGAACAUGUGGCUCGGGCAGAGGCCUCAGAGUGUUCAAAGGGUCUUGUCUACACCAUAUUAAAGAUCAUCAGUGCCAUGAAGCAGGCCACGGCGGAGCAACUACACCAGGCAACGUGUCUUCGGCACCGCCACCAUCACUGUGAGUAUGCCUUUUGCCUGGGUCAUCAUCGCGAUGUUUCUGGGCUGCCCAUGCCCGGCUACAGGCAGACUGCCUGUAGUGAGCCCUGUAGGGACAUGUCCUUGGAGGGAAAGGAUGGGUUGUACACUGACGGCUGCUGCAUCCUGUCAGCCUGUGCGCACCAGUGUCUGUGCCUCCUGCCACUGCUCCCCUCCAGCAGCCCAGCCUCCCUGCAGAUUCUGGCUGGGCUGCAGUUAGCUGGCAUCUGCUGCUGCAUGGAGCCCUGGUCUGUAGUAGCGCCCCUGCUGGACACCUUGCGAGCUUCCAGCCCAAACGCUCACCGAUCCCGUGUGCUGAAUCUCUUGAGCUGGUUGUUGCUAGAGCAGCUGGGCGGAGCCCGACUCCCCAGGAGGAGACAGCGGGACUCUUGUAGCAUCUGUUCCCUGAACGAGCAUCACUUGUUCCUCUUGGAGAAGACCACACAGGGGAGGUGUACAGGGGACGAGCACAGCUUCACAUCUCCCACCCUUCCCAACUUGGGCGCAGAGGGUGGCGCUCUGCACAGAUGGGGUGCCUUGGAAGCCUACCGUGACCUGGUCUUCCACGAGGACCCGCAGCUAGGCCUGCUGGCAGCCAGCCAUGUGUGCCACCUGCUUUUGCGUGGCAAUGCGGCAGUGCAGCUGCAGCUCGGCAUCCACGUCCUGACCCCAGUUCUGCAGAGUGGUGUUGCUCUGGCUCGCUACACCCGCGAGCUCAGCAUCUCCACUGUCUGUAGCCAGGCCUCCAGCUUCCGUUGCCAGGGCCUCUCUGUGGAUGUGCUGCAGGUCUUCAUGCGCAUCCUGCCAGGGCUGCUCAGGUUCAGAGUCAUCAGGGACCUGUUCCUGUGUUGUAAUGGACUCCAGCAAGUACUAGAGCUAAUGUACUUGCACCCAGUGCGGUUACCUGCACUGAGGGUGUUUGAGAUACUGAUCCUCAGUGUGGAUCAUGUCACAGAGACCCAGACCCUGGGGGUGACAAUGGAAGAAGCAGACAGAACAGGCCUGUGUGUUGCCAGGAAGGACAGCAGUAACCUCAGAAAGGUGUACGAGGACCUAACGGAGACCCACCUUCCCAAGAUGGCCUUGGGCACAGAUGAGGCCAGACCUUGCCCAAGUGAUGUUCACCUAAGUGCCAUCAACUUGUUUUUGUGUGUGGCCUUCAUGUGUGUGAGUAAAGAGGCAGACUCAGACAGGGACUCUGCUAACGACUCUGAGGACACCUCGGGUUAUGACAGCACAGCCAGCGAGCCCCUGGGUAGUCGGCCACCUUGCCUUCCUCCUGACUCUGUGGCAUUACCUCCCAAGGAUCAGUUGUGGCGUGUAGCUGACGUGUGGUCCAUGUGCCACAAGAUCUACCUAUCCAGCCCCACCUUCCAAAGCCAGUUUUUCAGGCUGGGUGGUUUCAAAGUCUGCUCCCGUCUAAUGACCAUGGUCAUCCAGAAGCUGGCUUUGAAGACCAGGGAGGGUAGAACAAAGAAGAGGAGGGAGUUUAAGGUCAAGGGCAGCCCAUGCCAGUCACAUCAGGAUUUGAACAACUUGGUGUCUGGCAUAGGAGACACUGACUUACAAUGCCCAGGUGACUCUCCAAGUCCUGGACAAACAGGGGUCAAGAGCAAAGACCAGUUUAAGAAGCUAGAGGAGGAAUGGCCUCUUCAUUGCAUCCAGUUGCUUGAAGCACUGCUGGCUAUGUGUCUCCACAAUUCUAAGUCUUCUACCCUGCUGAAGAUGGAGCCUGAGCUCUCUGUCCAGUCCGUGGAGGACAUGCUUGGUGAGGUUCGAGAGCAGCUCUCUCUCUCAGGACUGGUGAGCUCUGAUCUGGCUGCUCCACUCUUCGAUGCCCUGCUGCGUGUGUCCCUCACCCGGCAAAGCAGCUUCCCAGAUCUCACAGUUGAAGAGGCUGCAAGGAUCCAUGGAAAGACCAUUGAUAUGGAAGGUGACCUGUCGGAUGUGAUGGACAAGCCUCAGAACACCAGUGCAUGGCUCCCAGGGGAGGAGGAAGGCUAUGAAGGUGACAGCGAGACCAACCCAGAGGACAACGGCACUCGGGAAGAGGGUGCAACAGCAGAGACUUCUUGCUUGGAAAAGGGUGUGGUUAGGGCCAUGAGUGAGGACUGCUGCCCUGUGGAGUUGUUCUACCCAGAGGUGUGCAGCAUGGUGCUGCAUCUGCUUUCCACAGGGUCCCCAGAACUGCAGGUGCUCUCCCAUGCACUUGCUGGCCUGCUCCCCACGAUCCACAGCAACCCCAGCAAUGCUGCGCUGCUCUACCAGCAGGGGGCUAUGAAAACCAUUCUGGAGGGAUUUCAUGACAUUUUGAGUCAUGCAGACCCUUCCUCUCAAGAGUGCCUGGCUGUGCUGGUGGAUCUGCUGGCUGCCAUGGCAAGUGUGAGUGUUACAGCGGAGGAACUGGUCCUGCUGUUGCGGCUCUUUCUGCAAAAGAAGCCUCCUGCUGAGAUCUUGCUGAGGGGUAUCCUUCACAUUGUGGAGGCCAACAUACACCCAGAACCUCUGCAGUUCCUGUUCUUCCCCCUGCUUGCUGAGCCCUGUACUCCUGGGAGUACCUCUCCGGGGCUACAGCACAGUGGGAUAGCAGGAGGCAGAGGACCCGGGUUGCACUUCAGGGGGAUUCUUCCCAGGAACUGCUCUGGGGCUGACAGAGAGAUGUCGGGAUGCCAGUGGACUUCCCCUUGGAACCUGGCCCCCAUCCAAUUACCCUUAGUGGGACAGAACUGCUGGCCUCACAUGGCAGAUGGAUUCAGCGCCUCCCUAUGGCUGAGGACCUGGGCUGGUGCCAAGAGCAGCAUACGCACAGACAGAAAUGAGAAGCCACAUGGAAAUCAAGAGGUUCCCCGAGACAGUGCUGUGGACAGCACAGGUGGAGAAAAGAGUCCAAAAAUGGACCGGCUAAGUCCACCUAACACAGGAGACAGUCUGGAAGGAGACACUCUUGUUCAUGUGAUAUCCCUGGGCUCCAAGGCUCUGAUGCUUCAAGUGUGGGCUGACCUCCCCAGCGGAACCUUCCAGUUCCGAGUCUGCUUUGACCCCAACGAUGAGACCAAGGCGUGCCUCCUCGCCAAAGCUGAGUCGCCAGCAGGACUGCUUGCCCCAGGUCGAUGGCAGCACCUGGCCCUCACCUACACUGAGCGGCCCGAGACCAAGCGAACCAUACAGGGCAGUCUGGAGCUGUGGGUGUGUGGUGUGCGGAAAUGUGAGAUCUCUCUGGACUACACACGUCCCAGGAAGUCUAGCAUACCAUCAGACAGCAGUAAGACGUGUUGCAUGCUGGGACAUGAGCUGCACCCUGCAGAGGACCAGCAUAGGCUUGGUGCUUACUGGGAUAUCGGCAACCUGUUGCUCUUCAAUGGUUCCAGGAUUGGCUCGGAAGAGGCGCUCUACCUGUAUGCCAGCGGGCCGGACUUCAUCUCCAUCAUGCCCUGCAAGUUCGGCAAGCCAAGCGUCAGGUUCUCCAAGUACGUCACGGAAGAAGUGCUGGAAUCCGACCAAAUCCUGGAACUGCUCCUGAAGAACAAGGAGGUGGACACCUGCCCACUUGCUGAGAGCCUGGCGGUGGUUUACACCUCCAGCUGUCCUGCGUAUUACACCAUCUAUGAACCCAUCAUACGACUUAAGGGUCUGCCCAAAGUGGUGGCCACACAGAGACCUUACAGUGUGAAGGAAGUCCAGAGCCCUGUCUUCAAGCCCCACUCCCUCAAAGCCAUGAGCCCCUGUGAACCACAGAUUCUGAACAACAUAGUUCACCACAUCGGAGGAACAAGCUGCUUCCUCUUCCUCUUCGCUCGGGUCGUGGAGCUCUGUGACUCUGAGAGAACCCAGGCCCUGGCCCUCAAAGUCCUUCUGACACUAGUCAGAUAUAACCAGCACCGCAUCCAAGAGAUGGACAGCUGCCAUGGUUACGCUAUGAUCCGUCAAGUUCUGCUUAAAUCCAAGUGCAUCGUGGGAUACCAUAUGUUAAAGACACUUCUGGAUGGCUGCUGCAGUGAGCCCAUCCUUAUUGUAGGAGAAGAUGGUCAGUUCUGCUUGGAUGCGGAGUCCACUGCCCUGCUCCAGGAUCUCCAGCUGCUCUCUGAGGUGAUGCUAGACUGGAAGGUGUGGUCCAAAGCCCAGGCCCAGGUGUGGGCGACUCUGCUGGCAGCCUUGGAGGUUCUCAUUAGAGCCCACCAUCCCCAGAAGAUGUUCAACAUUGGGCAGCUCCUCAAGGCCCAGGUGGUCCAGCGCUUUCUGCUCACCUGCCAAGUGCUGCAGGAGCAUCAGAACGAGAACCUGACCUUCAUCCCUCAGGAUGUCUGCUUGUCCUUUGUAAGGAUCAUCGAAGAGGUGUUAGGCUCCCCGCCAGACCUAGAGCUGCUGCGGCUCAUUUACAACUUCCUUCUGGCCAUGCAUCCAGACAACAACACUUUUGUGUGUCACACACCAGCCAGCUUCUAUUUCUCCUUGCACAUUGAUGGAAAACCCCACCAGGAGAAGACCGUCAGGUAUGUGAGACAAGCCAGCAACAGAGGGCAGUCGGCGAGAAGCUCCAUAGGCUCCCUCUCCCUAGCAGGCCAUGACGAAGGGCUGGAUGGUGAGAGGCAGCCUGUGGAAAGCCAAAUUGAGGGUCACUUCCCAAAGCUGCCCUCCUUCCAGAGGGCCGAAGAGGAAUGCCCAGUGGCAGACCUAGUGGAAAGCAGCACAGAGACCCUGAGGAGCACAGGCUCCGGACAGCUCCUGAGCAGCUGCGAGUCAGCCAAGACUGUGUGUGACUCUAACCUGCACAUUCCCACUGAGGAGAAACUGGAGGAGGAUGCACUGAUUCAACCUGAAAUGUUCAAUGGCAAUCAGCCAUUGCAGAGAAGCCAGAGCAACUUUUCUAGCCUGGGCUUGGCGUUCCCUACACAGAACAGCUCAGUGGGCCACUGGUCCAGCCUGGCUGACCACGGCAGGCUCCCCGAACAAAGCGAGAACUUCAUCUUCUCCCCUGAGUUUGACAGCACAGAUGGCAAAACUGACAGGUGCAGCACUGAGGACUGUCUAAUCAUGGUCUGCUGUGGCCUGUACGACCUUCUCAGAAGUGUCUUGCUCAUCCUGCCUGACCUCAUGUUGGAGGAGGUGGUGGACAAGCUCAUCCGGCCCGAAGCACUCAUUGUGCUGGUCAACCAUUUCUCACCACUUGUCCAGCAGGCGGUGAUGAAGCUUCUGGAUACUUACUUCAGCCGGGCCUUCAGAGAGCAGAAGGACAAAUUCCUGAAGAACCAUGGCUUCUCUCUGCUGGCCAACCAGCUGUACCGUCACCAGGGCACACAGGGCCUACUGCAGUGUUGCCUGGAGAUGGUCUUCGGCCGGCCUGUGAGCCUUGAGCAAGAUGUGAACCUAGCGGACCUCGAGAAGGUCAGCUCAUUCCGGAAACGAUGUGUAAUCCCACUUCUGGGCCUGGUAGAGGGCUCCUUGUCCAACAGCACGCUGGUCCACAGCGUCCUGUGUGCCUUGAUGCAGCUAUUCAGCGCAAGCUCCAAGGUGGCUGAUAUCCUGUUGGACCAUGGCCUGCUUUAUGUUGUCCUCAACACUGUGGCAACCCUCAGUGAUCGGAAAGGCAGGGUCAUCUUAGAUGAACACAAGGUCCUCUUGUGUGACCUCCAGCAGCUGCUGAUGUUGGUCACUGUUCACUCCUGCAGAAUUUCUGGGGCCCACUACUUCCACAUCUUUGAAGAGCUCAUCAUUCUGCUAAGCCACCUGCAGACUAGCAAGACCCCAGGCACACACGAGAUUGCAAUUGCGCUGCAGUUCCAUGUCCUCCAAGGAGCUUUUAAGUUCAUCACAAGCACAGUGAGGCAGAAUCUUCCAACAAAGAUGAACAGUUCAGAUGUACAGCCCAUGGCCCAGGACCACCUAAUCUACCAACAGCGCAGGAAUAGCACAGGUCGGCAGCGAAUCUCCCCGACCCACUCUGAGCUACUGACACGGAUGCAUUCGGCCGCGAGCGACGAGCUCGUCCGCACGACGCGGAGGAGGAUGAGUGAGGAGAGCCCUCUCUGUACUGAUGAGGGAGAGCUCACACAGCGUUUGCAGAAGCUUGUGGGCAUGGCUGUCGACAGGCUUAUCUACCUAGAAGACUAUGUUGAGAUCCCAAACUUCGCUCAGGCCGCUGAGCAGUCAUCAGACCUUGACACACCCGUGGAGUCCACUGUGGAAGAUAACAGUUCUGCUGAUACCCUGGGCAUUGUUGGUAGCUUCCAGAAGGAGAUCUUCAAGCUCCUGAUUGAGGGCAUAAACACUGGUCUGGGAAGCUCAGGCAAAAGUGUCGCACCCAAGCAGCAGGUGCAGCGGAUUCUGUGGCUGUGCCAGGACGUGUUCCGAGUGCAAUUUGGCCGCCUUCUCGUACAUUCUCUGAGCCCCACGCAACCACUGAAAUACAGAAGGCUCGCUCUGGAGAUUGUCUACAAAUCCAACCACCCAGACAUGCUUCGAGAAUAUGUUUGCUCAUCCUCAGAGUAUGGCCCGAAGUUAGCCUUGCACUUACAGGAGUUGCUUACUGAUCACAAAGAAAACUUGACAGAAGAGGAUCAGCUGGCCUGUACUGUCUUUGUGACCUCCCUCAAGCUUUGUGGCCACUCCUGCAUCCCUCCCAAAACCCCAUCCAAGCCUGAAAGCAUGAAAGUCAUGAAAGAGGAUCAACUGAAAUAUGAGCUGGAGGAAAAAACAAGCAAAGCAACCUGGGAGAAGAAGAAUGAACCUGUCCGAAAGAGCCUCAUGCAGCAGCUUGACAGCAAGUUAAAGGAUAUCUCCAGGAUUGCGGCAGAUCUGACCCAGGCCAUAUCCCAGGCCCGAUGUACAGAGAAGAAGAAACUGAUCCAACACAUCAGCAGCCUCUACAAGUUAGACCUAGCUGCUGAGCACCACUGGCAGCAGCUCAUACGGCAGCUCACACAUGACCGGGCAGUGUGGUUUGAUCAGCCGUCCUACCCCACAUCAUGGCAGCUUGACCCCACAGAAGGGCCUAACCGUGAACGCAGACGGCUGCAGAGGUGCUACCUCACUAUCCCGAACAAAUACCUACUCAAGGACCGCAGGAAACCAGAGGAGCUGGUGAAGCCACCCCUCUCUUUCCUUUUUGAGGACAGGAGCCACUCCUUCUCCUCCAGAGUGAAGGACAAGGCCACUACCGGACAGAUUAGGUGCACUGUGAAGUGCAUCAGUGUUGCUCCUUCCAGAGAGACUUCAGGGGAGCUUUUACUGGGGAACUCCGCUGGAAUGUAUUUUGUUGAGGACAACACUGCUGAUACCUUUGACAGUCAGGAGCCCCAUGGGGAAAUGGAGCCUGCCUCAUUUUCCUGGACAUACGAGGAGAUAAAGGAGGUCCACAAGCGCUGGUGGCAGCUGAGGGAUAAUGCUGUGGAAAUCUUCCUUACCAAUGGGAGGACUCUCCUCCUGGCCUUUGACAACACCAAGUCUCGUGAUACCAUCUACCAGAAUAUCCUGUCGUGUAACCUACCAAACUUACUGGAGUGUGGGAACAUCUCAGCACUGACACACCUGUGGAGCUCGGGUCAGAUCACCAACUUCGAGUACCUCACCCACCUGAACAAGCACGCAGGCCGCUCCUUCAAUGAUCUCAUGCAGUACCCUGUCUUCCCCUUCAUCCUGAGUGACUACAACAGCGAAGCUCUCGACCUCCAUGACCCCUCCAUUUACAGGAAUCUCAGCAAACCCAUAGCAGUGCAGAGCAAGGAAAAGGAGAACCGCUACGUAGACAACUACAAGUACCUGGAGGAGGAGUUUCGUAAGGGUGUGCAUGAAGAUGACCCCAUGCCCCCUGUCCAACCCUACCAUUACGGCUCCCACUACUCCAACAGCGGUACUGUACUGCAUUUCCUGGUUAGGAUGCCCCCCUUCACUCAGAUGUUCCUGACUUACCAAGACCAGAGUUUUGAUAUCCCCGACCGGACCUUUCACUCUAUGAACACCACCUGGCGGCUGUCUUCCUAUGAGUCCAUGACUGAUGUGAAGGAGUUGAUUCCAGAGUUCUUUUACCUUCCAGAGUUUCUGGUCAACAGGGAAGGCUUCGACUUUGGUGUGCGACAGAAUAGUGAGCGUGUCAACCAUGUCAACCUACCACCCUGGGCCCGCAGUGAUCCUCGGCUCUUCAUCCUGAUCCACCGGCAGGCUUUGGAAUCGGACCUGGUCUCCCAGACACUCUGUCAGUGGAUCGACCUGGUCUUCGGCAUCAAGCAGAAGGGCAAGGCAGCAGUACAGGCUGUGAAUGUCUUCCACCCAGCUACAUACUUUGGGGUGGAUGUGUCUGCGGUGGAGGACCCUGUACAACAGCGUGCCCUGGAGACCAUGAUCAAGACAUACGGCCAGACUCCUCGACAGCUCUUCAACACCACCCAUGUUGGACGGACAACACCCAGACCCCUCAUGGAGGGGGAGCUGCCAGCUGCCAUGGGGCUCCUUGUUCAGCUGGCAUUCAGGGAGAGUAGAGACCACCCCAAGGAUACAGCCUGCCCGAGCCCUCUGCCAUGGAUCAGGGGCCUGAAAUGGGGAGAGUAUGUGGGCUCCCCCAGCACCCCGGACCCAGUAGUAUGCUUCAGCCAGCCGCAUGGGGAGCACUUUGAUUCACUACAGGCUCUACCCACCCGGGCCAUCUGUGGAUUCUCACGCAGGGUCUGCCUCAUGAUGGUAUACAGCAAAGAGCAAGGUGUACGGAACAUGCACAGCACAGACAUCAAGUGGUCGGCCAUCGUCAGCUGGGGCCACACCGACCAUACUCUGCGGCUCAAGAGCAAGCAGAGUGAGCCGCCUGUCAGCUUCAUUCAAUGCUCCCAGCUAUACCCGGUUACAAGCUGUGCUUGGGUCGCUGACAGCUGCCAGCUGUUCACAGGCAGCAAGUGUGGGGUCAUCACAGCCUACAGCACCCGCUUCACUUGCAGCUCGCACUCAGAGAUGGAGGUUGAGUCCCAGGUACACCUCUAUGGCCAUACGGAGGAAGUGACGGGCCUUUUUGUUUGCGAGACAUUCAGUAUCCUUAUCAGCGUCAGCAAGGAUGGUACCUGUAUACUGUGGGACCUCAACAGGUUAUGCUAUGUGCAAAGCCUCACCGGACACAAGAGUCCUGUCACAGCCGUAUCUGCUAGCCAGACAACUGGUGACAUUGCCACUGCGUGUGACUCAGUUGGCGGUGGUAGUGACCUGCGGCUCUGGACGGUCAACGGGGACUUGAUCGGUCACGUUCACUGCCGAGAAAUUAUCUGCUCACUGGCCUUCUCCAACCAGUCUGAGGGGGUCUCAGUUAAUGUCAUCGCAGGAGGCCUUGAGAACGGUGUGGUCAGACUGUGGAGCACCUGGGAUCUAAAGCCAGUCAGAGACAUCACCUUCCCCAAAUCUAACAGACCAGUUGUCAGUCUGACAUACUCAUGCGACGGGCACCACUUGUAUACAGUGAACAUCGACGGCACAGUGAUUGCCUGGUGUCGCCGUGACCAGCAGCGACUGAAACUGCCCAUGUUCCACUCGUUCCUCAGCAAUUACGCUGUUGGGUGAAUAAGAGAAUUAAGUUCCUCAUAUACUACUCAUCGUGGUAGGAGAAGAAGAUUUAAAUGAAGGGUUCUCAUUGCUCAGCUGGUACCUUGACUGAACAGAAAUCCCCAUAUUCAACCUGUUCCAUAACAUCUGUACUGACAGGUGAAUGAGUGAAUGGAGGACCCAGUGCUGUGUUGCAGAUGCACCAUCAAACAAGGAUGGGAUGAAGCUGUCCCAUCUACAGCUAGAUUGUUCACUCUGCAAGUGAUUGAAUGAAUGAAGCUUACCCAUGUUGCACUUUUUCCUCACUGGGUCUUUGGUCCUACCAUCCACACUGUUUUGGUGCGACAAAUUCAGGUGUGAAGAUGCACCAAAAACACUGUUAACCCUGCUCAGGCUUCAGAAAGACCUGCAGUCUAUGUGUAUUAAUUUGUGAUAAGCUAUAGAAUUGUAUUUGAGAGAAGCAUCGUUUGUGAUUGUCACUUUAAUAUUCCAUACUAAGAAGUUCCUCAGAGGUCUGUCCACCCCGAUCUCGGUUUGCUGCUAAAGCUCGUGCUGUGAAGUGGCCCCGUUUGCCAAACCAUACCGUCACAUUCCUCUGUGAGAAUGAGCUCUGUCGCUGCUUAGUGAAUCUGCCGUGUCUCUUUUCCAUCCUGCUGAGCUGUGACAUUGAAGCAGCCACCACAGAGAGACAUUCUGCACUACUUGUCCUGGGUUUGAUGGAUAACGUACCAAACAAUUAUCUGUCUGGCCAGUCGCAUUGUAAUUACAGACAUUUGUUUCCAUUCCCCCUCAUUGCAUCUCAGAGUGUCUCUUGUAUACCGUCUGCACUGAAACCCAUGACAAUAGGUGGCUUGUCUUGGGGUGAGACAAAAUGACAGGUUUCAUUUAUGAUGACCUGGGCCGAUGGACGAGCCAAUUACAUUAUAAUGCAAGUAUGAUGUAAGGCUUUCAGCUAGCCUCUGGAAAGCCAUGUCAUACUGUGAAUAUGGAGGCCUUCAGACCUCCCUGCAUUAUUAAAAAAUAAUAAAAUAAGUCAACUGUAUGCCAGUAAUGUGCAUGACCUACCAAAGAUGAACAAAAUGUAUGAUAUUGUACUAUAUAUCUUUACAUGUAGUUUUUGUUUAGGUUGUCUUUGUUUCUUGCUUAUGUACUUAAAGCCUAUUUAUGUUAGACACAUUGUCUUUUUGUUUUUACCUCUUGCUUGGUAUCAGUUUUAGUGUAUUGCUGUUACAGAAUCCCAAUUUUGCAAAUUUUUUUUUGUCUUAAAAUCAAAGAAGUUAUUAAAGUCCGUGGGAAUGAGGGGUGUAAAUAUAUCUUUCAACAUGUAAAGCAGAAAUUAUUUGGGCAUGAUGACAGCAGUGUAAGAACUGAUCAGCACUUCCAGACUGUCACCUUCACUACUUCUCUUAAUCUGAAAUAAAUUAAUGAUUAGGGUCCAGCGUUUUCCACUGAAAAAUAUCUGAAGGCACUAACUUAUCUGAACAUUAAACAUGACUUGUUUUCCUCUAAGGUCCCACUGGAAAUAAAUCACUGUUCUGAACACAAGUCCUUAUGUUUUCUUAAUUAUAACUGUACAGUAUGUGACAAAAUUAACGGGAUUUAGUUUAAAAUAUUGUCAGUGUAGAUAUUCUGUGGUUUGACAAGAUAUAAACUAACUACGAUUUGACAUUAUUUGCAGCCUUUGAUAACCUUUAGUAUAUGUGCACCAAAUUCCUCUGCCAUUUAAUUAGUCAGUGAUUCAAGACACUGCAUGAAUAAAGUUAAUUUUCUUGAGAUCAAACUGAAGCUGUUUUUUGUUAUAGGGAUCCUACAGUUCCUCUGAGUACCUUAGAGUUCAAGUUGUUAAAAUUAAGCAUCCAAACCAAACUAUCUAGGAGUUAAUUCUUGAAGGCUACUUGUAUAGGUUAUUAUUGCCAUUCUUAGCACAAUACAAACACGUUUACGAUGUCAUUGCCACCAAAUCUUUGUGUUAAGUGACUGAAUACUUCUAUUUUAGAAAUAUAUUAAGAAUAAAGUGAGAGAGAAACUGGGUUAAAGUUAGUUUUCUAUAUGCAUAAAACAUGUAAGUUACAAAAAAUUAGCCAUUGUGAUGAAUUUGAUAAUGUAAACUUGGUUUCUGAGUGAUUGAGUUUACAAAGGCUGGUUUUGGUGAAAGG